AUGUCUCUAGUGCAAGUGAUGUUAAUGUCUCUUAAAGCUGGAAACCUUGGAUUGAACAUGGUAUCUGCAUGUCAUGUGAUUCUAUUGGAUCUUUGGUGGAAUCCAACAACUGAAGAUCAAGCUGUUGAUCGAGCUCAUCGUAUCGGACAAACUCGGACUGUUACUGUAACUCGUAUUGCUGUCAACAAUACUGUUGAGGAUCGGAUUUUGGCUCUUCGGGAAGGUAAAAGGAAAAUGGUUGCAUCUGCAGUGGGUGAAAAUCAUGGUAAAAGCUCUGCGAUUCAAUUAACAAUAGAAGAUCUCGAAUAUCUAUUUUAUGGAAGAAAACCUCUGCCUACCGAGCUAAAUUGA